CAAGAUGGCAGGCCUCAUUGAAAUCGGUUCGCCUGGACAGUUCGCAAAUUCUGUCAUACAUGACCUACUCCGCAGUCCCUCCUUCCCUUGGUCGUGGUGCAUACGACACAACUGGCUGCCCAAAACCCCCCCAAGACCCAGACCAAGUUGAUCAACGAGCACAAUGGCGGCCAUUCAUGCUCUCUUUGCACUUAUCGGGGUUAUCCCCCUGGCAUACUUAACUUGGCGUUUCUUUAAGCGCAGUGCCAACCGACGUGGUGCUGACGUGGAAGAAUAUACAGGAGGCUUUCAUGAACUUGGAUCGCUGCCUCAAGGUCUACACAUUUUAUCAGAGCACCAACCUUCACUCAAAGCCCAGGCUCUACCCCUUCCAAAGCCCCUAUUACUAUCAGGCUCUAAAAAUAAUGAGCCUUCACCUGAAGCCUACCUUCUACCUCCUCCACCUUCACUUCCUCUUCCGAAGCCUCCAUUACUAUCAGGAUCUGGAAACAAUGAACCUUCACUUGGAGUCUCAUACCAGAGAGUACAGCCCCAGCCACUUUCAGUCAGGCCUCUACCUCCUCUGCCAGGCUCUGAAAACGAUAAGCAACUAAACAAACUUCCCCCUUGCCUGAAGCCACUUCAAAUCAAUACCACCUCUCCACCAAUGACUCGAUUUACAUUCAGACCUGAAAAUGAGUCAUCACUUCAAGCCCAGUCCCAAAUACCACCAGCCGUUAAACCACGGCCACACCACCCUUUGAUUAAUUGUGUCCUGGUCAUCCCAACCCCACUGAUACUGGAACUGAAAGGAAUCGGCAAGGAACUACCCCUUCUUGUGGCAAGGGGGCUUGCUCAAAUUCAUGCAAGCACUCGAUCAAAAAGUGAGGUACCUCCGCUCGCCUGUAUCAUAUAUCAUAAGAUGACCGCUAAGGAGGAUUUGCUGGCUUGGGAAGAAUUUCCGAUGCAUGAGGUCGCGAGUGAAAACCCAGAGGAGUUGUGGAGGGAGAUCAAGGAAAAAGCUCGGAAAGAGCUUCGAAAGUUUUUACCCAGACUAUCUAAGUAGCUUAGUUGUAAUAUCCCAAUGAAGGGGAUCAGCUCGUUCCUCAAUCCAUCUGAAGUUACCUAC